CUAACGCAACCAAUCGGGUGGCUUUGUCCUUUAGCUCGCAGUCGUGGGAGCUCACCGGCAACUGCCAUCCAAGAUGUCGGCUACGCGUGUGUUCCCCAUGUGUGUGCGAGCGAGCCGGGGCCUCCUCAGGCUCAGGAGCGGGGCGGUGGGCACCUCCACGCCCGCCUUGGUGGACACCGUACGGACACUCUCCACGGAAAAACCGCCGGCCGGGCAGGUGGGUGCGACGGGUGGUCUGGCCCAGGCGAUCCUCCAGGAGAGGCUCCAACAGCAGAGUCAGGGCCAGCCUCCCACUGAGGCAGGUAAAGCUGAAGGCGAUGGAGAGCAGGCAGCGGGGGACAAGAAGCAGAAGGAGAACACAGCCUACGCCAAGAAGAUUGUGUUUAGGUUGGCUGGACUCAUGGGCCUUGGCGGGGCCGUCAGCGUCAUCUACUUAUUUGGCACCAAUUCUGUUGACGAACAAGGAAACCAGAUUCCUGACGAGUUUGACAAAGACGUACCAGUGGUUCAGCAGCUGAAAAGAACCUUCAAGUACUUCCAGGACUACAGACAGAUGAUCAUCGAGCCUACCAGCCCCAAACUGCUGCCAGACCCCCUGAAGGAGCCCUACUACCAACCCCCAUACACGCUGGUCCUGGAGCUCACCGAUGUGCUGCUGCACCCAGAGUGGUCGCUGGCCACUGGGUGGCGCUUCAAGAAACGGCCAGGCAUCGACUACAUGUUCCAACAGCUCGCCCCGCUCUACGAGAUCAUCAUCUUCACCGCCGAGACGGGCAUGACGGCGUAUCCUUUGAUCGACAGCAUCGACCCUCAAGGUUUCGUCCUGUACCGCCUCUUCAGAGACGCCACGCGCUACAUGGAGGGCCAUCAUGUGAAGGACGUGUCGUGUCUGAACCGCGACAGCAGCAAGGUGAUCGUGGUGGACUGCAAGCGGGAAGCGUUCAGCCUGCAGCCUUUUAACGGCAUGGCCUUGAAGAAAUGGGACGGCGGCUCCGACGACCGAACGCUCUACGACCUCGCCAACUUCCUCAAGGCCAUCGCUCUGAGCGGCGUGGACGACGUGCGCUCGGUGUUGGAGAACUACGCCAUGGAGGACGACCCCAUCGACGCCUUCAAGCGCAGGCAGGCUCAGCUGGCGCAGGAGGAGGAGCAACGUCUGUCGGAGUUGUCCCGGCCGAAGAAGCAAGUCGUGUCUCUGGGCUCCAUCGCCUCGCGCUUCUGGCGCUCCAAACAGCAGUGAGCCCCGCCCCCUUCACUGACUCACCACAGCGGGGGAGGAGCCUCGCUCACAGAUCAUGUUUGUGUUAUUUUUUGUGGGCGGGGCCUCCAAUGACGUGAAAACACUUCCUGCUUCUUGGAGGAGCGGAGCAGCUGAUUGGGCGAGGGAGGGCCGUCACCACCUGAGAUCUGCUGGCCAAGCCCCGCCCCCCCACGCCACAACGUGUGACGUCUGCGAGCGCAGUGACGGACUGAAGGCGGCCUCAUCUUUGUACCAAUAAACACAAACACCAUUUGUCGUCAUGACAACACAAAGAUGGCCCCCAUUUUUUUUUUAAUUUCGACUUUGUAUUAUUUAUUUGUGUUUCGGGACGUCUUCUUCUCCACAGGACCAGAACUCUCUGAGCCACUUCCUGUAGUGAGAAGGUCACAUGACGCGUCCAGUCCCCGCCUCCUCGCUUGUCCACGGUCAUGUGAUGUGAGAUGUCCGCAAUAAAAGCGACCAAUCAGA